AGAUAAUGUGCUCCCUUCUGCUAACAACCACCACUCGCACGACACCAACCCUGCCUUCCGCCGCUGAAACCACCAUUCCGUCGCCGUCCUUGACCUCAGCGGUGGUCCUUCUUGCUCCGCCCUCCAAAGCGCCAUUAGCUGUUUCUUGCACUUCGGAGGCCCUUGAUAAAAGGAAUGAGACAAAUUGGGCUUCGAACUUGCGUUUUCCAGUGCAAGAUUUGAAGAGUGAUUACUGCAAUAUUGGAUGGAAAUCUUCAAUCACUAGGAUCAGCAGCCAAUCAUGUUUUUUGAGAUUGUUCUUACGGGUCGUGCAUGCCCUGAUUUCUAAUCUUAGGGUGGGGUCAGAUGUUUUUUAUGCCAGACGAACUAACAGUAACAAAGUUGGAGGUAUGAUGAUUAGAUAAGAAAUUUGCUCCUUUGUACACAAAGUGUGCGUUUUAGGAGGGCUGUUGUGUUUUCGGUUUGGAUAUA